AUGAACUCUCAGUCGGAUGGGUUUCGGAACAAUGUCAUCGCCGUCAAUGUGCUUGCCGUCAUCAGCAUUGCGCUUCGAUUCGUCGCUCGACAGAUCCGCCAAGUGACUGUUGGCGUGGAUGACUAUCUCAUUGUUGCAAGCUUGGCUUUGCUCUUCACAAUCUCCGGCAUUGCUCUGGGAAUGAUUCAUUAUGGAUUGGGAUACAACAAGGUGGAUCUCCCUGCUGAAAGCUCGCUGAUGGUGGCCAAACUGCUCUAUGUCUUUGAGAUAUUUUAUGUGAUAAAUCUCUUGACCAUCAAGCUUUCAAUUUUGAUGAUGUAUCGCCGUAUUUUCACCAACAUCUCUCGGCUGUUUCGCGUGGGCGCGAUGAUCUGUGGUGCAGUUGUCACGCUCUGGGCCACUGCUUUCGUACCGGCAGCCAUUUUCCAGUGCACGCCAGUGGCCAAGGCGUGGGAUAUCGACAUUCCUGGUCAUUGCAUCAGUCUGCAACUAGCCUUCUACUGUGUCGCACUACCCAAUAUUCUCACUGAUGUUGCCAUUUUAUCGCUGCCCGUUCGAUCUUGUUGGCAAUUACACAGGAGCGUCCUCUACCGUCUGUCUCUCAUUGGCAUCUUUAUGCUUGGUAUUUUCGUUGUCGGUGUGAGUAUUUAUCGAUUUACCACUCUAUUCCUGUAUUCACCACACAAUGUCCCUGAGGGACAGUCAGGUCCCCAGAACAAUGUUAAUAAUGACAGUCCAACGCCCGUCCGUCGACGCGUAUUCAAGGUGUGGGACAGUGUUAGUUUCCCACAAGGGAUCAGCACUCUACCGAGCCAGGACACCCGUACAACCCUAUCUGAUCAGCGCUCCUUGGUUAAGCCUCCCUCAGUGGAGAACAACGACUUGGAGUUAUCGCCUCUCACAGAGUGCUUGACGGUGCCAUCUGGUCGGAGCACAUUAGGAGACCCAACCCUACCGCCAGGGCAUGUAUAG